UUUCCCGUAAUGACUCUUGCGUUCAGUAUCUCCCCAGCCGUUGCCAGGGACUUCUCAUUGGCCAUCCAGUCCGUCGGGAUGACGGCGGCCGCCUUCACCAUCAUCUACAUGAAGAUUCACCUGGAAUGGCACGCCAUACUUCUCUCCUCUGUCGGCGGUGUUGCGGGCAUUAUCAUUGGGCUGGAGUUCGUCGAUCCGUAUUUGACGCCGGCCCAGAAGAAAAUCAGUUUCGUUUGCAUCUGGUUCACGUUUGCCUUCGCUCUUUUUUCACUGAACAUCAACCACAAACGACGCACCUUUCCUAAAAUCCCGAUAUUCAACUUGUGGAAAGCAUUGGUAUUGGUUCUCACUGGCUUCGCGGGCGGCAUUUUCACAUCCUUUGCAGGAAGCGGGCUGGAUAUCUGCAGCUUCAGUAUCCUCACCCUCCUGUUCCGCGUCAGCGAGAAGACUGCCACGCCCACUUCCAUCGUGCUGAUGGCGGGAAAUACAGUGGCGGGCCUGUUUUGGAGGAGCGUCAUCAUACGCGGUGUUGCUAUAGACUGCUGGCAGUACGUUGCCGUCUGCGUCCCCGUGGUCAUCUUCGGUGCUCCCCUGGGCUCCGUGAUAGGCAGCCAUUUCCACCGCUUGGUCCUCGCGGCGCUCAUCUACGUCCUUGACACGGUGGCCUUGGUGGCCGCCUUCGCCAUCGUGCGUCCUCUCACUCUGGAACUUAUCCUCAUAGCUGUUGGAAUCAUCAUAUUUGGUGCCGUCUUCUUUUUCUUGGUUACGAAAGCUGGCGCGCUGCUGCUUCAGGGCGUUGAAACGACGGAGAGUAAAGCACUCCAGGAGACAGAUCUGGGGGAGGAAAACGCAGUGAGUAGUCUUACUGACGAAAAGGCAAGAGAAGCCGAGGUGAUCAAGUCAGGCGAAGAUAGCGUUAAGAUAGAGGAAGUUUUUAAAGAGCAAGAACGCAAGGACGUCGAUUUCGGAAGUACUACAAAAGAGGCCGAGUUAGGCGACGGUAACUCGAAGAGCGGUGCUGUAGAUGAAAGCACGGAUCUCUGA